AUGGUAGCCAGUGAAAAUUUCUCUUAUGACACCAUAUUUUUUAUUGAUUCAAUUGGAACUCAUCUUUCAGAAGUGCUUUGUGGAACUGGUAAUUUUAAUAAGUUAAAAUUCGGCUAAUAACUUCAAAAAAAACUGAAUUUCAGGAAUUCUAGCAAAUUUCAUUCUAAUUCUCUUGAUUUUGACAAAAACUCCCAAGUACAUGAAAAGCUAUGCAAUUUUGCUGCUAAAUUUCGCAUUUUUCGAUUUUUGGACGUGUUUAGCCUCACUUUUUGCAUGUCAGAAGUGAGUUUGAGCUGGAAAACCUGGAAAAUCCAAAUUUCCAGAACAAUUUUCUCGGGCUUCUCUUUGACUUACAUUUUCCACGGACCUUGCAAAUUCUUCGGACCAUCCUUGUGCUAUUUUUGUCAUUGUUUUGUGUGUCAUUCGAUGGCACAUUCACAGUGGAUUUUGUUGUUUUCGUUUAUUUAUCGCUGGCGAAUUUUGAAGGAGGAUGUUAUGACGAUUUUUCAAAUGAUUGCGGCGUCAUUUGCUGUUUAUUCGUGCAGUUUUGUGGUUUUUGUGAGUUCAGUGGCCUAGAAAUUCAAAAAAAGCUUCUUAGGCCACCAAAACUAGGCCUAGAAAUUCGAAUAUAGGAUUUCUAGUCCCUUACGACCUAAAGUUUCCAGACUCUCAAAUUUCCAGCUCUUCUACUUUCUGGACCGCGGCGACUCCAACGAACUCCUCAAAAUCAUGUCAAACCUCCAUCCAACCUACCACUACACCAACAAAACCAUCUGGGGAAAUCUAACCGUCAGCGGAAAUCUGACAAUUUUCAGCCUUCCUUCAGUGACCGCCAUCGUCUACAUGACUCUCCCAUGUGUCCCAAUCUACGUCGCAAUCCAUUAUCUCCGUCGAAAAACACUGGCAAUUCUCAGCGACUCGGAAAACACACUGAACAUCUCGCAACUCGCCAAAACAUCGCAUCGAAAACUGGUGAAGGCGUUGACAAUUCAGGCGACUAUUCCGAUUUUCUGGCUGGUAGCAUCGCUGAUCUUCACGUUAGCUGAGUUUGGCAUCAUUUCCGGUCCGAUUCCGGAAGUCAUCACUUUCCGAUUGAUGGAUUGUAUUCCGAUGUUGACACCGAUUGUCUCGAUGUUUUUCAUCGCACCAUAUCGAGAGGGAUUGGUUAAGGUUCUGCGCAAAUCGAAAGUUCCAAUUUUUGGUAGUGAACCAAGAGCACAAACUGUUAUUGAGGUUUGAAGUUCACAAUCGCAACUUGAAAUCUCAAAUUUCAGGCAACCACUGCUAGAUAUCUCGGCGAACCUCGGAUCCUCCCAAACUCUUCCACCACAACAACUCGAGCCUAA